GGUCAUAACAACAACACCAUGUGGACGGUUUGAGCAUUGAGCGAUCGUGCGGAAUAGUACUGAAAAAUAUUCUUGAUUUCUCUUAGAUCUUUAGAGUGAUUAAGUAUUUUUAACGUCAAUAUAAAUAUCCAAGGUUCAUAGGAUCAUGUGAUUGUGAUUAUUUAAGUUUUGAUUUUGAGGAAGUUUAGUUUCGUACCAGUUUGAAAAUGGUACAUCUUCGUUUGCCGCCCCUACCGACGAUUCGUGACAUCAUUCGGUUGUACGGGCUGAGGGCUGAACGACAGCUCGCACAAAAUUUCCUGCUGGACUUGAAAUUGACAGAUAAAAUAGUUCGGCAUGCAGGCAAUUUGGAGGGUGCCCAUGUCCUUGAGGUUGGACCAGGACCAGGGGGUAUCACAAGAUCCAUAUUAAACAAAGGUGCUGCAAACUUGGUAGUAGUAGAGAAAGAUCAAAGAUUCUUACCCAGUCUUACAAUGCUUUGUGAGGCAGCUAAUGAAAGGUUAAAGGUCAUUCACGGAGACAUCAUGAAAUUCAACAUGGAGGAGGAAUUUCCAGCAGACCUUAAAACAUCAUGGGAUGAUGAUCCUCCUAAUAUCCACAUCCUGGGGAAUCUUCCAUUCAACGUGUCCACCCCUCUGAUCAUACGAUGGCUGGAAGCAUUAUCCAAUCACAGUGGACCUUUCAUCUAUGGUCGGACACGGAUGCUGUUGACUUUCCAGAAGGAGGUGGCAGAGAGGUUGGUUGCACCAGUGAGAGAUUCCCAGAGAAGUCGACUGAGCAUCAUGGCCCAGCAUCUUUGUGAAGUCAAACACUGCUUCACUAUACCAGGGAAAGCCUUCGUUCCUAAACCCGACGUUGACGUUGGUGUAGUGAGCUUCACACCACUCGCUGAUCCUCUCAUUGACCUGCCAUUUAAGCUGGUCGAGAAAUUAGUCCGUUCUGUAUUCCACUUCAGAAGAAAAUACUGCAGGAGGGGAGUAGAGAGUUUGUUUCCUCUGGAGAGACAAGACCUGACCGAUGAGAUAUUUCAAGUAACUAAGAUUGAUCCAACUCAGCGGCCGAUGUUGUUAACCAUGGAAGACUUUAACCUGAUGUGCCACGCAUACUACAACAUCUGUCAGAGAAUCCCUGGCAUGUUUGAUUACAACUACAGGUAGCACUCAAGAACAGGAGACCAGGGCCCGAUUUCACAAAGAGUUAUUAAAAACCAGUCUUCUCGAGUUAGGACUAGCUCUUAGUUCUUACUCUUUGUGAAAUCGAUACCAGAGCCUGAUUUCACAAAGCAAUAAAACUCCCUGCAAGACCAAUUCUCAGUAGUGACAGAGAUUUGUAUUGUGACAUCACACUUUAUUUAGCAACUUUGAUUGAUUUUGAAGUUAAGAUCAAUCUUAGCUCUUUGUGAAAUCGGCCCCUGGGCCCAAUGGCUCUGCUUACUGCCAAAUUAUGCGCUUACGUUCAGCAAUCUCUGCUUACUGUGCAAGCGCUAAAUUUAUGCGCUAGCUGUGUAAGCAAAGAAUGCCUUGUAACGUGGA